CUUUUUUUUUCUUUUUUUUUUGUUUGGUGAUCUAUAUAUACUCAAAUAUUCAAACUUGAAAUGUCAGUCCACGGUAACUCACACACGAACUGUGUGGCAUUUUCUAGUUUGGGAAGUUCUUAGUUUUGCAAGACUUCAAGAGGGUCUUUGUUGAAUGGGCUAGCAUGGAUCUUGAGACAGGGACUUACAAGAAUCUUGUUAAGAGAGAAUCUUGGAGGGCAGUUUUGACAUUGGCUUAUCAGAGUUUAGGAAUUGUUUAUGGUGAUUUGAGUACUUCUCCUUUGUAUGUGUUCAAGAGUACUUUUGCUGAGGACAUUGAUCAUUCAGAAACAAAUGAGGAAAUUUAUGGAGUUUUGUCUUUUGUGUUUUGGACAAUUACUUUAGUGCCUUUGAUUAAGUAUGUGUUUAUAGUGUUGAAAGCUGAUGAUAAUGGAGAGGGAGGGACAUUUGCGCUUUAUUCGCUGUUGUGUAGGCAUGCUAGGGUGAGUUCACUGCCUAAUAAUCAAUUAGCAGAUGAAGAAUUAUCGUCAUAUAAGAAAGAAAUUAGUGUUGAUCCUGACCCGAGUAAAUUUGGGUCGAUGCUAAAAUCAAUUUUGGAGAAGCAUAGAGUGUUGCAGAGGAUUUUGCUCAUAUUGGCACUGAUCGGAGCUUGUAUGGUUAUCGGAGAUGGGAUUCUUACGCCAGCAAUUUCUGUCUUUUCUGCUGUAUCUGGCGUUGAACAACUGGCUAUGCCCAAAGAGCACCACAAAUAUGUUGAAGUACCAAUAGCGUGUAUUAUUCUGAUUGGUUUAUUUGCCCUUCAACAUUAUGGCACCCACAGGGUUGGAUUCCUAUUUGCACCUGUUGUCAUACUAUGGCUUUUCACCAUCAGUUCCAUUGGUUUAUAUAACAUCUUUCACUGGAAUCCUCAUGUCUACAAAGCACUCUCCCCAUAUUAUAUGUAUAAUUUUUUGAAAAAAACGCAAAGAAGAGGGUGGAUGUCCUUGGGCGGGAUCUUGCUAUGCAUAACAGGUUCAGAAGCUAUGUUUGCUGACCUAGGACACUUCUCACAGUUGUCAAUUAAGAUUGCUUUCACAACAUUUGUUUAUCCAUCUCUGAUUCUUGCGUAUAUGGGGCAAGCUGCUUACUUAUCUCGGCAUCAUAUGAGUGCGAAUGACUAUGAUGUAGGAUUUUAUGUUUCUGUUCCUGACAGAAUAAAAUUACCGGUUGUGGUUAUUGCCGUUCUAGCUGCAGUAGUGGGUAGUCAAGCAAUUAUUACAGGAACUUUUUCAAUCAUCAAUCAGUGUUCUUCUCUCGGCUGCUUUUCCAGAGUUAAAGUAGUCCACACGUCAACCAGCAUUCAUGGCCAAAUCUACAUUCCCGAGAUCAACUGGAUAUUGAUGAUUCUAUGCUUGGCUGUUACAAUUGGUUUCAGAGACACGAGACGCUUAGGAAAUGCUUCAGGUUUGGCAGUCAUCACCGUUAUGUUGGUCACAACCUGCUUAAUGUCUGUAGUUAUGGUCUUAUGCUGGCACCAGAGCAUCUUUCGUGCAAUUUGCUUUGUGUGCUUUUUCGGGACAAUUGAAGCUCUUUACUUUGCUGCUUCUCUCAUCAAAUUUCUCGAAGGGGCCUGGGUUCCAAUUGCACUUGCACUCAUCUUUAUGAUAGUGAUGUAUGUCUGGCACUACGGAACACUUAAGAAGUAUGAGUUUGACCUCCAGAACAAGGUCUCUGUUGAUUGGCUGCUUAGCUUAGGACCCAGCCUUGGCAUUGUCCGAGUGCCUGGUAUUGGUCUAAUUCACACCGAGCUUGUGUCCGGAAUUCCAGCAAUAUUCUCCCACUUUGUCACCAACCUCCCAGCCUUUCACGAAGUCCUUGUUUUCCUUUGUGUAAAAUCUGUACCAGUUCCUCAUGUCGAGCACGGAGAACGUUUUCUCUUAGGUCAUAUAGGCCCAAGAGAGUGCAGAGUAUACAGGUGCAUUGUCCGAUACGGUUACCGCGAUGUCCACAAGGACGAUAUGGAAUUCGAGAAAGACCUACUCUGCAGCAUAGCCGAGUUUAUAAGGACACAAAAAUCAGACACCAAUGGCCUAGACAAACACUCUGCGCAUGACACUGAGAAAAUGAUGGUUGUCAGAACACCGUCAACCAGCACAGAAGGCAUACACAUGUGGGAAGACAACUUAGACGAUUCUGAUAAAAUAAUCACAUCGGAGGAAAAAAGUAUAGACCUUCCAGAAGUGACCAAGGCACGAAAAAGAGUAAGAUUUAUACUUCCAGAAAACCCGAAAAUCGACAGAGAAGCAGAGGCAGAGCUGCAUGACCUGAUGGAAGCUAGAGAAUCAGGGGUGGCUUACAUACUGGGACAUUCUUAUGUGAAGGCAAAGCAAGGCUCUAGUCUAAUGAAAAAGCUUGCAAUAAAUUAUGGUUAUGAGUUUUUGAGGAGGAACUCUAGAGCAUCUACACAUGCACUGAGUGUACCUCAUGCAUCUACAUUAGAGGUUGGAAUGGGUUACCUUGUAUGAUUAAUCUUAGAUAGGUGAAUAACCCCUCUUUUCUUUUAGUAAGUAUCUUUUAAGGUAUACAUUAGAAUA